AUGUCCCUCGCCGUUUUCUCCUCAAAAGCUCCGGCUACCUACCUUCACCACUCACACUCUCAUGGAAAAACCCACUCAAUCGUCAAACCUCUUCAUCUCCCUUUGGGCCCCUCUAAGAAGCUUCAGUUUCAGCUGUGUGUGAGCUCCGACAAUGGCUCCGGCGUCUCUGCCACCGUGGAGACUCCUCCGGUUGCUGCCGAUACCGUUGGCUCGAACGGGUCGGCCUCGGACCCGUUGCCGGAGCCCGUGACCAGCUUCCGAGACCCGCGAUGGGUGGGAGGGACGUGGGACCUGAAACAGUUUGCCAAAAAUGGCAGCACGGAUUGGGAUUCCGUGAUUGAUGCAGAAGUAAAGAGGAGGAAAUGGAUGGAAGACAAUCCACAGUCAUCGAGUAAUGAAGACCCCGUAAUAUUCGACACCUCCAUUGUUCCUUGGUGGGCAUGGAUGAAAAGGUUUCAUCUUCCCGAAGCCGAGCUGCUUAAUGGGCGUGCCGCGAUGAUCGGAUUCUUCAUGGCCUAUUUCGUGGAUAGUUUGACCGGCGUUGGGCUCGUUGACCAAAUGGGCAACUUCUUCUGUAAAACCCUAUUGUUUGUAGCCGUGGCAGGCGUACUCCUCGUGAGAAAGAAUGAGGAUGUCGAGACGCUCAAGAAGUUGUUGGAGGAGACGACGUUUUACGACAAGCAGUGGCAAGCGACGUGGCAGGAGGAGCCGAAGGCCCCAAGUGGGUCCAGAAAGACGUUAGAUUGA